AUGCUGCUACCCCCAGGGAGCCUAGUUUUACGUGACCCAGAGCACCUGAAACAGCUCCUGUGCUGUGGCGAAAUUUGGGUGUCUCAAUCACCUGAACUCAAAUUCAAUAUACGUAUUGCCUCCUUGGCUGAUUUGCAUCCAUCAUUCAGCCAGUUCGUAUCCCAGCUCGGCGACUCCACCUGCAGAGCGAAGAUUUGGGCAGAUCUAGAUCUCGUUGUUCUCUACAAAAGUUGUAUUUUUGAACCCGGCCAGGGUUGCUCCACCUAUGUUCUCUCUUUCGGCAUACAAACACGGCUUGGGUCUGCAGAAAAGAUAAAGGCCCGGAAACUGCCCAAAAUAUUGAGGGAUCACUCCGAUCCAAUUCCUCCGACCAAUAUACCCACUGCCCAAUUGACGUCCAUUGACGUCCUCCUGGAAUAUACCCACAUUUACAAACAAUGUAUCAACCGGUCUCAGCAGUUGCACCCGCACGAUAAGAACGGCGAUAUAAUACAGUCGGCUGAAUUUGGCGAUUGGGAUUGGGAUGGAGCACAAUACUCACAAGAAAACAUCGCAAUAAUUACAGAAACACUUGGCCCAAUAUUUGAACACGGCUUCAGAAGGAGUAAUGAAGAAUCAGAACAAUUCAACCAUUCAACACUCAUAUCUUCUAACUCUUUAGGGUUUGGUGAAUUAUUUCAAGAAGCAAUUAUGGCGCUGGUGCUUGGAAAUGUGGCGCAGAGACGCAAUAACACCGAAGCAGGGUCAAGUGGCUUCCAGAGCCUAUCCAAGAUAGCCCCCGGUGUAUUCAAACCCGGGUAUCGUGAGGCCAUGAACCAACGAUCCCGCUUAAUGCCCUCAAUCGCGAAAUCCUUAACCUCGAUGUUGAAUCUUAGUGACAACCUAGCUUUAAAGGAGAAGAUGGUCUCCGUCACAGCAGUAUGCCAACCAUAUUUGCGCCUUUCGAGCUCUACCACCAGAGGAAAUGACACAAAGACCGUAUUGAAAAUGCGAUUAUGGACCAUUGCUCAGAAGCGACUUUAUCGCACACCCACGCCGAAAAGCUUGAGGACUUCAAACUCAUUCUCCAUUCCUAACCAAGACGAGCAAACGCAAGAUGAAACGCUUCUCUCAGAAGGGUUAUCAGGAGAAACAGAGUAUUUUGAUGAUCAUUACAAUACUACUGAAUCCGAACUCGAAUUUUAUUCAGAAAGCAACGGACCAGAACCUGAGCUUGACCUUGAUUUUAACUUCGACGAGCCAGAACACUGUUCGAGCAUGAUAUUCAGUGACAACGAUAUCGGGCACCCAGCGGAGAUCCUGGAAAAGAAUCCUUUUGUUAGCCAGGACACUGAACCUAAUACUGCGCCUAUGGAAGCAGACUUCCAACCAACGUCGCCCUAUACACGCACCUUAUCAUUACCAAACUCUGAAGACACCCAGACAGACCAUGAGGGAAUGCUUGACUUUGAUACUAAUUUCGCCGAAGACGUUCCGGCACUUUCAAGCCAAACUUCCUUUUCCCACAGUCUGCAUUCGUAUGCAGGGCCUUUGAUGGAUUUAUGUGACGAUUAUGAUGAAGACGAGAUGCUCUGUGAUAAUUUAUCAUCAUAA